AUGGGCUUUUCAUUGUCUUCCAAUUGGAAACAACUACAAAGAAAACAAAAAUCUGAAACCAAAGGAAUUGCAAAAAAACGACCCAGAUCAGCUGCGGCUAUCGCUGCCAAAUCUGUCAAAGUUUCUGAGGUUUCGAAUAGAGACUCCGAUGUUUCAAUUGAGUUUAGCAUCACAGAGUCUACAAAGAACGUAUCUCAUAGGAAAAAGGAAAUCGGCAAAUAUCUGGCCAUGGACUGUGAAUUUGUCGGGGCCGGAGAAUUAGGAGAAUCUUCGAUCCUGGCUAGGGUCUCGCUAGUAAACUAUCACGGAAUAACUGUUUACGAUACUUUUGUCCAACCCACUGAGAAAGUAACCGAUUGGCGUACGCAUGUGAGCGGUGUCACUCCUGCGCAUAUGAAGGGUGCUGUUUCGUUUAAAGAAGCCCAAAAAAAGGUUUCAGAUUUAUUAAACGGUAGAAUUUUGGUGGGACAUGACGUGGGACAUGACUUAGAUGCCCUGAUGCUUUCUCAUCCAAGAUUCAUGAUAAGAGAUACUGCGAAGCAUACACCUUUCAGAAAAAAAUACGCAGCGGGCAAAACACCAUCACUAAAAAAGCUCAGCAGAGAGAUUCUUGGUGUUGAGAUCCAAUCAGGUCAGCACUCUUCUGUCGAAGAUGCAAGGGCAACAAUGAUGAUUUACAAGUCUGCGAAAGCCGAGUUCGAAAGGAUAUUAAAAAAGCCGCGACAUAAGUAA